AUGAAAGAAACAUCCUGGGCUCUUCUUGGAUAUGAUAUGGACUUAAAUUCCAUAACUGGCAACCAGCCAGUGUCUCUUAAUGAUAAUGCAUAUACAUUUCUAUUAAACGCUGAGCAAAACUUAACAGAUCCUACACUAAAUCAGACUAACUUCGAUCUGGACACUGACCAAAAUGGUACAAAUGAUUUGGUGUACAUUCUAGAUGAUGGAACUCAAAUUCGCGCCUCCCAAAUACACUUCGACAAUGAAGAUCCUCUAACUGACUUAACUCUAGAAAAAAUACCUUUCGUUAAAUAUGUAGAUACAGUAGAUGAGUUAGAGAAAGAUGAUAUAGAGAUUGGUGAUAUAAAAGAUAUUAAUAUAACCAGUCCAAUAUCAAAUAAAAAUAGUCCAAAAUGUAAUUUUGCUAACAGUCUUCCUUUUAAACUAGUAUGUAGUAAUGCUUCUAGUUUCGAAGCGCAAUUUACUAAAUAUCUUGAGGAAAGAUUUAAAACGAAUACAACAUUGCCUUCGGGGAAUAAAAAUAAAUCACCCAGAAGUUUGAUAAAUGAAAAUUAUAAGUCCUACGAAAAUAUCAAUCGUAAUGAUUUUUUUACGCGAGAGGAUAUUUUAAACAUGUUUAAGAACUCUCCUGUAACCCCUCUACCGUAUGACACUCAAAGUUCGGAAAAACGUAAACAUGUACGCAAAACAGACCCAUCAAGAUUAGGAAGCAAGAACUGGAAUGCUAAACCUUUAAUAGACAUAGAUGUUAAAGACAAACAUAUUUGUUAUAUAUGUGCCAAAGUCGUUGAUAAUAAUGAGAAGCUGUAUAUAUUUGAUAAAGAAGACCAAAUGCUUCAUAGAUGUGAGCAGAAGAAGUACACUCAACUCAAAGUUAUUUGCGAGAUGUGCUUAACCGAAAAUUUUGUUGCGAGCAGAUUCAAAAGUCCGGACGAAUCUUUAAAUAAGGACGAAUUUUUGGUUAUCAAAAAUAAUCAGCAGUACAUCUUUCAAAAAACAACGUCAAUUAUUUUAAAAAAAAUAUACAAUCCAAAGAUAAUAGAUGAUGAAACAAAAGAAACUUCAGAAUUUGUUAAAGUAGAAAUUGGACCAGAUGGUGAAAUAGUUACAAAACCCGUAGAUAACGAUGUUAAAUCUGAUGACGUUAUAAUAAUAAGAGAUGAGAAAAAAGAUAGUUCUAGUGACGUUGAGAUUAUAGAACCUGAACCAGAAAUUGAUAUAGAAAAUAUUGAUGAAGACGAAAAUGUGAAAGAGUUUUUAGGCAAAUAUCAAUGUGAUACUAAAGAAUUGAUAUGUAGGUUUUGUAAUAAAGAAUUUAAAUCAAUAUCCGAAGUAAUAGAGCACGGAGAAGACCAUAAACACGAUUUAGAGGAAGAUGUGGUAUUUCCUUGUCCUUUAUGCGAUUAUGGAUAUGCGAACUUCAAAUGGCUAAAAGCACAUCUACAAGUGGCCCAUGAAACAGUUAAGAAAGAUCCAGACGCUACAGAAGAAACUAAUGACAAACCUAUUUCUCCAGAAUCUUCUCCCGUCGCCAAGAGAACGAGGAGUUCAAUUAGAAAAAGUGACCUUGAAAACGAUAAUGGUACAAAGGAAAAUCAAAUCGCUGAACAAUGUACUGAGAAUAUGACGAAUGAACUUACAUUUACUACUGAAGUAAAACAAGAAUGCUUGGAUAGCGACGAUUCUAUAUGGAUAGUGCAAACUGGUGAUAAUGAUGAGGAAUUACACAACUUGUUAAAGGUAAAAGAAGACAACACCAAUAUCAAUGAUCUGAAAAAACAUAAAUGCUUUAAAUGCAGCAAGAUUUUUCCCAAUUCGGAGAGUCUCUCCGUACAUAAGUGUAGAAAGCGUGGGAGAAAAAGAAAGUCUGUGACAAAAGACGAAUCGGUUAUUUUUGUUCCGUCUCAAGAAGAUUUUAUCAAGAGAGCUCAAGGUAGACCUCGUCCAGUCAAAGGAUCUGGCGAUAACGACCUUUUAGUUGAAAAAACACGUAAGAAGAAAAAUCGUAAAUCAAACGAAUCACAAAUAGUCACGUGUCAUAAUUGUAACGAAUCCUUCACAUCGAAAGUCAGACUAAAAUUUCAUAUGCAAUUCCACGAUACAACAAACCUAUUAACGAGCGAUGGUCAAUACAAAUGUACAGAAUGUGAGGAUACCAAGUUUCCAACAGAGACGGAAUUGUUCGAUCACGUCCACUUCCAGCAUGACAAGCAAAAGCGAUGGCAGUGCCCUGUCAAAGGCUGUGGAAAGACAUUCUUUCUGAGAGCAACACUAACAAAACACAGCCGCACGCAUACAGACACGAGGCGGUAUGUGUGUGUGACUUGUGGCAAACGGUUCCUUGAUAAGCAGACGUUAGAUGAACAUGGUGUAACACAUUUACAGAUAAAACCUUUCCAAUGCCACAUAUGUCUCAAACAACUGACUCGACGGUCUCGACUUAGAAUGCAUCUAAGAGCUCAUGAAGAAGAACUGUCACCAACUUUAGUACUUGUGUGCGCGGUCUGUUUUAGAGCUUUCCGAGACCAUAACGAUGCACAGGAGCAUGCGACGAAAUCUACAGAAUGUAUAGCCGAAUUCACAAAAGAAAUCAAAGAGGAGACUGAAGCGAGUGAACAACUGUCGCCCACAAGUGGGAUUGUGAGACACGCUGUCAGAGUUGUUAAAUACCCACGACUAAUACAUGGUAUAGAACGACAAGUGAAUAACGAGAUGAGUGAAGCAUUACUCUCAAAUUUAGAUGACGCCGCUAGAAAUAUCAUACGUGUCGUCAAUGUGGAAAAGGCAUUUAGAUGUGAAUACUGUGAAGAUGUAUUCUAUUUGGAAGACGCUUUAAACAACCAUAGAAUUAUUCAUAAAGGAAAAAAAAACCCUUUCACGUGCCACAUCUGUAAAGUCAGCUUCGCCACUUACUCCAGAUGUACAACACACAAAACUACCCAUGGAUUUUACAAGCGUAGUGCGACCGAGAGUCGUACAGAAGGCACGUCUGGUGCGGCCAAUGCGGGCAUACUCGGUUAUGGAGGGUUCCCCGUUGUUAAACACUUUUUGUGUGAGGAUUGCGGUCGAUCAUAUUUGCAUUGGACUUAUUUGCAAGUGCACCGUCGAAUGAAACAUGCCAAUGAGAAUUAUGUGUUCAAAUGUAAUCAAUGCGAGUUGACGUUUCCUAAUAGCUGGAGUGUGACAUAUCACAGAAAGAAAACUCACAAUAAAAAUGGCCAAGAAGAGAAUGGCGGUUUCACCAAGAUAGUUCGUGAGAAUUAUCGGAUUCCAUGUCGCGAUUGUAACGCCAUUUUGCCAAAUAAAACUGAGCUUUAUUUGCAUAGAAAUAAUGAACAUUGCGAUGAGUCAAUGCAAAUUGUGAGACAAGGUGACGGUCAAACAACGAUUUGUAACCAAUGUGGUCACAAUCUGCACAACGUUUUUGCUUUACAGAAGCAUAUCAAAGAAGUACAUGGAUGUUCAGAUAAAAAACUAUCGAACACGUGUCCGGUGUGUUCUAGAACAUUUCGUUCCGCAUCGGUUCUAGACGAACAUGUGCGAGUGCACACUGGGGAGAGACCGUUCCCAUGUGAUGUGUGCGGUGUUGCUUUUAGACGCUUGACAGCAAUGAAAAACCAUAGACUCAUCCACACUGGCAUUAGACCCUGGGUAUGUACGAGGUGCCCUAAACGAUUUCGCAUCAAAUCCGAUUUGAGGACGCACAUUAAGCUCAAGCAUCCAGCACAUUUAGCUGUUAUAGAAAUUGAAGGCAUGCAUUGUUCUCCGGAAGAUAUUUAUCAGCAUCUUGCUGUUAAUAAUAUACCGCAAGAUAAAGUUAUUGAAAUAAAUAUGAUAUCUUUUAUGAAGGAUACCAUAAACAUAGUGCCAAAUUCAAUGAGAGCUUACUCUCUAUUGAGUGAUGUUCCAAAAACUCAAAUCGUCGGUCAAAAAAUUCCCGAUCAAAAUGAUAUAUAUCAACCUUGCCGCCGUGUUAGAGGCAUCGCCAAAACACCUCAAUCAGAUAUCAUUAAUAAUGAAAGUAGUGUGAACUACCAAGUUAAUGAUAGUAAUAGCUAUCAUAAUAACUUAUCAGAUAUCAACGUGCAGUUGUUAUUACAAGAUGGCGGUUUAGUGAAUGCAAAUGAAAUGGUACAAUUGCAUAUCAAUGAUGAAAUUUUGCAGGAA